AUGGCUUCAUCCAAGGAGGUUGACAGUCGCCUGAACACGACGUUGAAAACUCCAUCAGGAUGUCACUUCUCACAGGUAAUCGCGGUGACGCAAGGGUCCAUAAACCAGAGUCUCUUGAUGCUAUUCAAUGAGAGAGAAGAACUCGCAAAAGUUUCGAUCAAACACCCUGUUGGAAAGAUGGAGGCCGAGUUGAGGUCAGGGACGGUCACAAUUCCCGUGGACGGGAAUAAUUUGGGUACGGUUUAUUAUCAUUGUCGUUUCCUAUCUGGCUGGGUAAAACUCUACGAUGAUGACGAGGGGGAAUUGGGCAAGCCGAUCGACAUCAAGGAUUGGGAUUUCGCCUUUUCCAUUGAUAUUAGUAGCAUCAACAUGGACCCGAACUCACCUGAGUACGACGCGGUGAAGAAUGUCAUCCAUCAGCCUGGAGACUACUCUAUCACGCGCCUUUAUCUUGAUUUCAACACCGCCAGGAUUGUGAAUUUUAGCGAAAAGGACAGUUCCUUCAAUGGCCGAAAGUGGAAGAACGCCAACGAGAAAGGCUACUUCAUCAAUCUGAUGCAAAAAUGGGGUAAUCCAAACAACUCAAUUAUGGCAAAUCCCAAGAAUACCACCGUGGGCUACGCCGCUGUCACAGAUAAUCCCGGAGCCGUCAAUAGGAUUGCACCCACAUUCCCCCCAACCUCACUUAUCUUUCAGAGGUAUCCCUACACUCCGCCGGAAGGGAAGCCACACCAAGGUGCAGACGAAAAAGGUGACAGGAAUAUGCUACUGUACCUCGAAAUGACCGAUAACGAUCCCCUCCCCUCAGAACGUAUGUUAUUACUUAACUCAGGCAACUUUGCUAUCCCUGGCAUGGGUGGUACUAUCUGCAUAUCAAGAAAGAAUUUCUGGGAUAAGUUUCUCAAUCGUGGCCCAACGCCAGGGCUUCAACAGCUUCUCCGCGUAUUUAAUGAGGCUACUUUUGCUUGGGUCAAAUGGGUCGAGGUAUCAGACAAUAUAUUCCUUUUAAGUGCCAACGCGGAGUACGGCGUAGGUCAAGGGAGUGGACUUGAUAGUGAAAAAGACUUCUAUGCCUGGGAGAAGGAUGGCAACUUAGGAUGGAAGUGGGAAAAGAGUGGUCACGAGAAAAAGGUAAAGGGCUGGGAGGAUGCCUUUGACCGUACAAAUGAGGUUUGGUGUAAUACGAGUAACAAGAUCAGCAUUAUCCCAGGCAAAGAUGUGGCCAAGAUAUCGGGUAAAACAACUCUAAAGCACAAAGUCAAUAGCCAUACCGUGGGUGCUGGCGAGGGAUUUGAAGCCGUCGCCUCCAUGAGCUGGGAUUUGGACUUGACCCUUGUUUCUGUCCAUGAAGGUGGCAUGCAGAUAACGCUUGACAUACCAGCAGACAAAACCGAGCUUUUCAAAAUCAGCAGUUACCAGGACAGUUGGCCCUUGAACAUCCACCAAGAAGCAGCCGAACAUAUGAAUAAUUCCUUGAAAGGAAGUAUUGAAAGAAGUCCCUUCGACCAGGUAAAGCGGCAUCUCGAGUCAGCACUCAAGGGUACCGCCAGGUUUGUCUUGCCUGGGGCAAAGACAUUCUUUUACAAAAAUGCCAUGUUCAAUAAUAAUGGAGAUGUGCUACUUCAACUCGAAUACGACGGGGUUUCUUAA